AUGUUUGCACCAUUACUGCUACUACCAUUGCUGGCUGCCUACGUCGCAGGCGACUGCAAGUACACCGUCAAUGACCACACGUACGACCUCGCCCCGCUCGCGGGUCCGCAUUCCGUGAGCUCCAUUUGGGAUACGCCGCCUUCGGUUACGAAUACGACGUAUACAAUUGAUGUGUGUGGAAGGCUUAGGAAGGCGGACGGAAUGAGCAGUGAUGAUUUCUGUGAUGAGGAGACAAGAGUUUGCUCCGUGACCCGAAUUCAACGAGGUGACCAAUCUCUCAUCUCCCGCGUUAUUUCCAUCGCUCGUGACCCUGUUGAGCCAUCAUUGGCGGGGCUUUCCGAUAACCGGGAAGGUUUCGCACUUGCAUUCCAUAACGGCAAGAAUUCCGUUACAAGCAGAGCGCAAAGCGCACGGACUGAGUUCAUCUGCGAGAAGGAUGCAGCGAAGGAGGGGUUGACGUACAAGUCAAUUGACUUCGGUGGUGACACCACUGUGGUUCACCUUGAAUGGCACACCCGGUUUGCAUGUCUUGAUGUCCCGAAGAACCUUCCACCACCCGAGAAGGACGGAAAGCACGGCGAGCACCCACCACCGCCUCACGACGGUGACCGCUCGAGAUCAUGGGGAUUCUUCACGUGGCUCAUCAUCGUCGUCUUCCUCGUCAUUGCAGCCUAUAUCAUCGUUGGGUCUUUCUUGAAUUACAACAGAUAUGGAGCGACGAAUUGGAGUGAUUUGUUGCCGCAUGCGGAGUCGUUGAGGGAUUUGCCGUGGUUGUUGAAGGAUUUCGGAAGGGCUUGUUUGGACGUGAUUAAGGGAAGACGGACGGCGACGGGAGGGUAUGAGGGAGUAUGA